UUCUUUCUUCUCAGUCCUCUCAUAGUUUUCCUUCCUCUUCUGACCCAUCUCACAUGCUCUACUCUGACCUCAGCUCCAAUCUGACCCUAGUCCAUAGUAGGAGCCGUCGCCGUGCCGUAGCUGAUAGCAUCACCGGCCGACGCCUCCCCACGCCCGCUCCUCGCGCGCGCCGCCCCCGCCGUAUCCACUCCGUCCGCAGUCGACGGGUUUUGAGGUGGACAUGCAUUUUGCAAAUGUCAGGCUCUAAUCAGAUGGCUUCAGAUGGUAAAUUUGGAAAUGGUCCUCGGGAGCUCACUGGGGCUGUUGACUUAAUUAGCCGCUACAGGCUGCUGAACCAUCACAGUUUCUUUUGUAAGAAACCAUUGCCACUGGCUAUCUCAGAUACACAUUAUCUUCAGAAUGUUGUGGGUGACACUGAAAUCCGUAAAGGAGAAGGGAUGGAGAUAGAUCAACUCAUUCAGAACCCAGCCCUGAGGGAGAAGAAGACUGCUUAUAUUCAACCCUUUGACAUGGAAACACUAGGACAUGCAUUUCAGUUGCGAGAAACAGCGCCAGUAGAUCUGCCUUCGGCUGAAAAAGGUACUCCAACUAUAUCGGGAAAUUCAAAGGUUAAGUCCAGGGACAAAGUCAAGAAGCAUAAAAAGCAUAGGGCGAAAGACAAGGACAAGGAACAGAAGAAGCACAAACAUCGUCAUAAGGAUCGGAGUAAAGACAAAGACAAAGACAAAGAGAAAGAGAAAGAGAAAGAGAAAGAAAAAGAGAAGGAGAAAGACAAAGACAAAGACAAAGAAAAGAAAAAAGAGAAGAGUGUACACCAUGAUUUGGGAGGUGAUAAUUCCAAAAAACAUCAUGAGAAGAAGAGGAAACAUGAAGGAAUGGAAAAUUUGGCGGCUGUACGUAACCACAAAAAAACACAAAAGCGCAAAAUUCAAUGAAAUGGGCAAGGACUUUGUUUGGCGUAAGAUGUGACAAAUUCGUUUCUGUGUUAGUUCUCGUAAUAUGACUCCAUGUUUUAUGCUGUUAAUGGGCGGCUCUGAUGGUUUUCUUGUCAAUACCACUUCCGAUGGAGUUACGACAGAUGGAAUUUCCUUUAUCAAGAUGCUCCGGUUACAAGGGUCGUGGCCAAUUAGAUAAUGAUACGCCAUAAAUCAAUUCUGGGGAAACUUGAACUUGUCAUUUGAACUUCUUUAGUUUUGCGCCCAUUAGCAAUUCUUUAGCGUUACCCUCCUAUAUGCCCUGUCCUGUAAUCCAGACAGAAGAAAAGGGCUUACUGUCAAAGCCACAUGAUGUGACCAUGUACAACAGGAGACGCGUAGAGCAGAAAAAUUAGCAGUACACAUUCCAUGAUCCAGCAAAUUCAUUGGUGGUGAUGAACCUUAAGAAACCCGAGUAGUAGUAUGUUGUGUGUACCAAUCAUGUUUCUUUAAUCAAAUGAUACCUAUUUAUUGUUCAAUUAAACAAUGCAUGUCAGAUUGACCAACCGCAAA